AUGGUCCUUAAGAUCGUGGCAAUGGGACUUGUACUACACAGAGGAUCAUAUCUGCGCAAUGGCUGGAACACGCUCGACUGUGUGAUCGUCGUCAGCUCACUCGCAAUGCUAGCGGAGUCUUCAAGCAGUCGGCAGUCGUUGAAAUCUCUGCGAUCUCUGCGUACUUUUCGCACCUUUCGACCUCUGCGAGUGAUCAGCCGCAGACCAGGACUCAAACUCGUAGUGAACGCCUUGAUCGAAGCCAUUCCUGCGGUAUCCAACGUUCUGAUCAUCUGUGCACUCUUCUACCUCAUGUUCAGCAUCUUCGCGGUCACCUACCUCAAAGGCAGACUAGAUUCCUGUAGUGGCGACGUUUUCGACGCACUUUCCGAAGCUCAAGUGGCUUUUCUCGGGAGUCCUAAGCCGUGGUCUCCCCUCUCACUCGACCAGCAGCACUGGUUCACUUACACAAGCUGCAUGGGGUUCCCCACUGAUUCAUUGACAUCAAAGUAUAUCUGUGGGUGCUGGGGUGCUGACUGGAGUCCUGUCGUCCCGCAAGACUUCAACAACGUGGAAAACGCUAUGAUCACGUUUUUUGAAAUGUCCACAACGGAGAACUGGAGUUUACUUAUGGUCGCUUGCAUCGAUGCCACUGACAUUGACAUGCAGCCGAUACGCGACUACAACGUGUGGUGGGCUGGGUUUUUUGUCGUCUUCAUGAUGUUCGGCAGCUACUUCGUCGUCAACUUGCUCGUCGGUGUUAUUAUCGAUAACUUUAACAGAAUGACGGAUGCUCUCGACGACUCCUUCAUGCUGACAUCCGAGCAGAAAAAGUGGAUGAGGGGGCAAAAAUCAGCAGCCAGGGUUGGUCCUCAACGGGUGUUCGUACCAUUCAAGCAUCCAGUCCGACGAGCAGCCUUCUUCUUCGUAAGGCACAAACGGUUUGAGUGGUUCAUCAUGAUCUGUAUUAUCGUCAAUAUGCUGCUGAUGGCUACGCAGUAUUACGGACAGUCAACCACACACACAACCAUCGUGAAUAUUCUCAACGAGAUCUUCGCCGUAGUAUUCACCGGCGAGGCGACAUUAAAGAUCAUCGCGUAUGGGGCUGUGUACUUUGACGAUAACUGGAACCGCUUCGACUUCUUCGUCGUGCUCGGGACACUCUUAAGCGUCGUGCUUGAGUCGAUAACGACCGCACACCUUCGAGUUCUGGCUGUGCUGGCUCGUGUGUUUCGUGUAACUCGUAUAGUUCGACUGGUAAAAGCUUCAAAGGGGGUCCAACAUAUCCUGACUACGCUUUACUUGGCUCUCCCGGGUCUCAGAAACGUGUCGUCGAUCCUUCUCCUCUUACUCUUCAUCUACACUACUAUGGGGGUGCAGAUGUUCGCUAAAGAUUUCUCUUCAUGA